AUGGAUCACGUACAUAACGCAAAUUGUAGUUGUAAAGAAUAUGCUGGAGUAGAAAAUGCAACUGAUUUAUACACUUCAAUUGAUUUAUAAGGAAUUAUGUGUUUAAAUGAAGAAUAAGAAUCAUCUGGUAAAAAUGUAUUUAGAUCAGAAGAAGAUAAAUUUAAUGAUAAUGACAAAUUCGUAUCUUCCGAUGAUCCUGAUCCUGAAUUAAUAUUUAUAAUUCCAUUUUUAAGUAUUGUUAAACUAAAAUCUAUUAAUAUAAUCGCUAGAAAUUCUGAUACAGGUCCUACAAAUUUAAAAGUUUACAUAAAUCAAGAAAAUGUUGAUUUCUCUAUUUUAGAAACAAAACCAGAAGAAGAAUUUUAAAUUGAUGAAAAUUUAGAUGGUAAUUCUUAUUAAUCUGUUAGAUAAACUAAAUUUUAAAAUGUAAGUAAAUUAAUAUUACAUAUAUCAGCAGAAAAUAAACAAAAAAUUUCAAUAAAUUAUAUUGGAUUAAAAGGUGAAAAUACUAAAAUGAAACGAUAAAUUGUUGAAGCUAUUUAUGAAGUAAAACCAAUGGCGGCUGAAAAUGAUCCAGAAAAAACUAUUUGA